CGAUCGAUUCGUUUCGAGGCUGGAGCCUGAUCCCAUCCUUCCUCUCUGAUUCUUCGAUCUCUUUCUUGGAUUCCCUCAAAUCUCUGAGAAAGAUCUCUUCUUGGUCGUCCCUGUUGCCCGGUCUCCGCUGCAAACCCUUAAAGCUAGGGUUUUUCCAUGCCCUAGCUAGGGUUUCGGCGGUUGAUCCGGUUCCUCCUUCCAAGUUGCCUCUUUCUGGCUGGAAUUCUGGUUCUUGAGGGUGAUCGUCCGAUGGCCUUUCACCACGCGGGGCCUGGUUCGGCAUCCGGAUCAGCGUCGAGCUCCAGCUCCGGGUUCCACUUCCCGAAUUCCCUUUUCGGGGACACCACGUACACGAAAGUCUUCGUUGGGGGCCUUGCGUGGGAGACCAAGAGCGAGACGUUGCGCCGCCACUUCGAGCAGUUCGGUGAGACCCUUGAGGCCGUCGUGAUCACCGACAAGAACACCGGCAGGUCGAAGGGUUAUGGUUUCGUGACUUUUCGAGACCCUGAAUCUGCAAGAAGAGCAUGUGCAGACCCUAGCCCAGUUAUCGAUGGCAGACGUGCGAACUGUAACUUGGCUUCACUUGGGCGAUCUCGCCCUUUUCUUCCAUUUGGCGUGCGCCCGAGGUCAGGCCUUUACCUUGGAGGUAUGUCAGUCCAGCGAGGGCCAUAUGUUGGAAGCCCCGCUCAUCAACAACCUGUUCCAUUCAGCUACCAAGAAGGGUUACCAUAUGCUGCAUAUAGUUACAAUCUCUAUGGGCCGGAGUAUGUCUAUCCACAGUCUCUUUUGCAGAAUGCAUACAAUCCUUAUACAGGGCAGCCUUAUGUUCAAGUUUAUGGUUUUCCUGGAGCUAUAAACACAUCUAUUUACCCAUUUGAUCAAUUUGGCCAGCCUAUUCCACCUGGUUAUACGGCAAUGCAUGGCUACACACUGCCAACUCAACCAAUUGUGCAAUUGGGUGGACCAAAUGUCAAUGGAAUGGCAAGUGCACCUCGACCUGUUAUUCAGUCACCCUAUCCAGCUGGAUUAGCAGCCCCAAUUCCAGCACAACCACAUGUCAUAGUUCCUGCUCAGUCUCCACAGUUUAUGCAGGGCAGCAGUUCAGAUCAAACGACAGUUUAAAUGUGCAUCAUGAUAUCAUCUUGAGGUUGUCCUAGUUAUGAUCAGUUGCAAAAAGCCAUUAAGUUGCUCCGAUGGAGGGAGCUGAAAGCACAAGAGCAUGGGUUGCUCUUUGUUGCACAGUGUCUGUAAAGUCUCUUGCCCUGCUGGAAGUUGUGAAGUCUGGUGGAGCAAGAAUACCUGGAUGUCAAAAUUGCAUCCUACAACCUGUAUGAUAGAUUCUGGAUGUCAGAGUUGGAGUCUGACAACCGAGAGGGAAGCUAAAUUGUAUCAUGGGAUCCAAGUGUUACUGCCACAUAUAUAGACAGAUGAAGACAUGUUGCUCAUGCAAAGUUCAACUUCAGUGUAAUGAGUAACGGAUUUGUAUGAUUCGCAACAUUAGUUUCCUACAGUGUCCUUCAUUUAGCAGAAGAACCCUAAUGGUACUAAACAGUACAUGAUCAAAUAAAAGGUCUCAAAGGCAUGGAAACAAACCAGAUGGUUCAGUUCAAUUUCCAACACAUUUCUUAUCAGCAAUAUCAUGUCAUGCAUCCACUCAAUUGAAACCAAGCUUUUCAAGGCAUAUAUAAAUGUAGUCCCUGAAACAAUAUUGCAGUGCUGUUUUUUCGAGUA